CAGCGGGGGAGGCUGCGCGGCGAGUGGAGCCGCGGGGCCGGGAACAGGUGAUCGCAGCGGGAGACCCGCGCCCUCCCGAGUUGCGGCGUCCGAGUCCGCGCUCUCGGGCGCAGCGGCAGCCGCCCAGCCCCGGGCUGAUCGAGGCCAGCUGCAGGCUUCGCACGCGCUUCCCGGGCAUCCCUCUGCCCGCGCGAGCGUCUGAAGCCCCCGGGUCCCGCGAAGCCUCGGGAGCCGCAGCUGCGCGCGGCGGAGCAAAGUUGUGGACGUGUACGGACCGCCGGGCCCCGCGCCGUCACCACCAGCCAGGCGCGCGCUCUAGGAGCGGUGCUCGCGCUGCAGCCCCGGGGGCUUCCGUUGCAAACUGCUCCAGAGGCUGAAACUUCGAGUGCGGGCGGGUCGGGGCCUGCGGGUGUCCCUGCACACCCUGCUAAGGCGUCACAGACGGCAUGUGACGGCUCCGGCGCGGGAAGGCGCGGGCUCUGUGGACCAGGCGGAGGGCAGGUUGCGGCGCACGGCGGGCCCGGGCUCCAGCCGAGCAGCCCCCCUCGCCCGGGCCCCGCCGAGGCCGCCGCGCCCCCGCCCUCGCGCGGGAGGACUCGCUCCAAACUCCCUGAACUUCAGGCGGGUCCCAGAGCGGCGGCCUCGGGGUGCGCAGCCCUGCCCGGGGACCCCAGCCGCUGCGCUCUCGUUCCUUACCCUUGAAGACUCUGAGGACUCCGGGGAGCCCCGGCGGAGCUGACAGCCCCCUGCUGCUGGCCGCGCCGCGAUGCUCGUGAGGAAAGUGCCGGGCUUCGUCCCGGCCUCGGCGUGGGGGCUGCGGCUGCCGCAGAAGUUCCUUUUCCUGCUCUUCCUCUCGGGCCUCAUCACCCUGUGCUUCGGCGCCCUGUUCCUGCUGCCCCACUCCUCUCGCCUCAAGCGCCUCUUCUUGGCCUCGCGUACCCAGCAGCCCGGCCUGGAGGUGAUGGCCGAAAUCGCCGGCCACCACCCGGUGCCCGAGCAAGAGCCGCCUCCUAACCCUGCCCCCGCGGCUCCGGCCCCGGGCGAGGACGAUCCCGGCCGCCCGGUCGGUAUCUUCCGUAGGAAAGGUAUCCUCCGUAGGAAAGGGUGGCUGCGGCGCACCCGCCCCACCGGGCCCCGGGAGGAGGGCAACAGUGUCGCAGCCCCCAGGCCACAAGAAGAGACUGUCCGGUUCAGUUUCGACUACAAUGCUUUCCGCAGCCGCCUUCGACACCCAGUCUUGGGGACAAGGACUGAUGAGGGUAAGGAGUCCCAGAAUCUAGUGCGAGCUCAGCGCGAGAAAGUGAAAGAGAUGAUGCGGUUUUCGUGGCAGAAUUACCGCCGGUAUGCGAUGGGCAAGAAUGAGCUCCGGCCCCUCACAAAGGAUGGCUACGAGGGCAGCAUGUUUGGCGGCCUCAGUGGGGCAACCAUCAUCGAUUCUCUUGACACCCUCUACCUCAUGGAGCUGAAGGAGGAGUUCCAAGAGGCCAAGGCCUGGGUGCAAGACAGCUUCCACCUGAAUGUGACUGGAGAGGCGUCCUUGUUUGAGGUGAACAUCCGGUAUAUUGGAGGACUGCUCUCGGCCUUCUACCUGACGGGAGAAGAGGUGUUCCGAGUAAAGGCCAUCAAGUUGGGUGAGAAACUGCUGCCCGCCUUCAACACACCCACAGGCAUCCCCAAGGGUGUCGUGAACUUCAAAAGCGGUAGCUGGGGCUGGGCCACCGCGGGCAGCAGCAGCAUCCUGGCUGAGUUUGGAUCCCUGCACUUGGAAUUUUUGCACCUCACUGAACUCUCUGGCAACCCGGUCUUUGCAGAAAAGGUCAAAAACAUCCGCAAGGUCCUCAGGGAGAUUGACAAGCCCUUCGGCCUCUACCCCAACUUCCUGAGCCCAGUGAGCGGGAACUGGGUGCAGCACCACGUCUCGGUCGGAGGACUUGGGGACAGUUUUUAUGAGUAUUUGAUCAAGUCCUGGUUGAUGUCCGACAAAACAGAUUUGGAGGCUAAAAAUAUGUACUACGAAGCCUUGCAGGCCAUCGAGACCUAUUUGCUGAAUGUCUCUCCUGGGGGUCUGACCUACAUUGCUGAGUGGCGAGGGGGAAUUCUGGAUCACAAGAUGGGACACCUGGCCUGCUUUUCGGGGGGCAUGAUCGCCCUUGGUGCUGAGGAUGCCAAGGAAGACAAGAGGGCCUACUACCGAGAGCUUGCAGCCCAGAUCACCAGAACAUGCCAUGAGUCCUACGCCCGCUCAGACACCAAGCUGGGGCCUGAGGCCUUCUGGUUCAACGCUGGCCGAGAGGCAGUGGCCACACAGCUGAGCGAGAGCUACUACAUCCUGCGGCCUGAGGUGGUGGAGAGCUACAUGUACCUGUGGCGGCAGACGCAUGACCCCAUCUACAGGGAGUGGGGCUGGGAGGUGGUGAUGGCCCUGGAGAAACACUGCCGGACCGAAGCCGGCUUCUCGGGGAUCCAGGAUGUGUACAGCAGCAAUCCCAACCACGACAACAGGCAACAAAGCUUCUUCCUGGCUGAGACGCUCAAAUACCUCUAUCUUCUGUUCUCUGAAGAUAACGUGCUGUCGCCCGAGGACUGGGUCUUCAACACCGAGGCCCACCCGCUGCCCGUCAAUCACUCGGACAGCUCCAGCAAGGCUGGGCACCACCACUGACCCUCUGUCUCCAUGCCCGUGUCUCAGGGAUGCCUCUACUUUCUUGGGAUCCGGGAUCGUUCUCAGAGGCACUGGGGACGGAAGGCCCACCGCGGGCAGACCCUGGACGGAUGUGUCGGACAGGCGACUUCUUUUCCUCUGUGAGGAGACAGGAGCUGGUGACGCACCAGCGUCGGGCCCGGGCUGUGGUCCCCGGUGCCCACACGUUCCUUUCUAUGGGGAAUUUCUGUGCCCCACACCCGCUGUCACAGGGCCAAAGGACUGGAGGUUUGCAUAUCCACCCUCUGUAUUUGAUUCACUUCCUUUUUUUGUUGAGGGAGUUGGUUUUGCUUGAUUUUGCAUUUUUCUCCACUUGAGUUUUAUGACGAUUAUAAAUAUAAUUUUCAAAAUCAUGCACCUUCUCAAACGGUGUGACCUAACUCAAGGAGACCUUAAGUGUCUUCACACACACACUCUUGACCCGUCUGUUUUUAAUGCCUCGUACCCAACACUGACUCUGUUCUACCCUGUGUUUCCUACUUUAUGAUUUGAGGAGGUGGCGCACUCCCCUUUGAUUUGGUCCCAAAUGUUACAAAUCACUAAUGCUAUUUUCAUUACUGUAAUGGAAAAAUAUGUGAAGUAGAAUAAAGGAGUUUAUUGAAUAAGAAA